AAAUCCGGUCAAGCGGCGAGUCAGCCGAGGUGAACCGUGCACGUUCUUCUCCAAAACCGCGUUCCCAAAUUUUCUCCGACGUUGUGCACCUGCCAGCUUUCUAAUAUGGCAGACAUGGCUUCGUUGCCAGCGCAUCCGCCCCAGAUGGAGGACGACACCGAUGAAGAGCUCACCGACGAGCAGGUUCGGGAGCUCCUUGCUGAGGCUGCUGAACGCAUGCGCGUGAAAGCUUCCCAGCCCUCCAACGAUGCUCCGUUCACGCUACCCAAGCUGAACCCCGGCCACAUUGCCGAUACCUAUUCGACAACACACGGCGCCAUUACGAAGCUAGAUGCUUCUAAGCUGCUUCCAAAGAAGGAUCAGGUGCUGGCGAACGGCAUCAAGAAGAUCGAGGACCCGGUGCAGCUCAAGAAGCAAAAGGCAGAGGAGAAGAAGGCUACUGCUGGCUCUGACUGGUUUAAUUUGCCGCGCACCGAGAUGACACCCGAGCUGCGUCGCGACCUGCAACUUCUGAAGAUGCGCAAUGUCCUAGACCCUAAGCGCCACUACAAGAAGUCAGACUCAAAGUCCGAUGUCCCUGCGUUCAGCCAGAUCGGGACCAUCAUCGAAGGGCCGACUGAGUUUUACAGCGGCCGCAUUGCCAAGAAAGACCGCCACCAAACCUUGGUUGAAGAAGUGCUUGCGCAGGAAGACCAGUCAGGCAAAUUCAAGAGCAAGUACCAGAAUAUCAUCAAGUCAAAGACGAGUGGCAAGAAAGCCUUCUACAAGGCACUACAAGACAAGCGGCGGAAGGGAAAGGUCUUCAAGCCUUGAACACUGGCGAGAAGAAGACUUUGAGUCUCACUCGCACCUUUUCUGUUGUUUUCUGUUGGUGAUCCAAGUCUACACA